AUGGGAAACAAUCCGACCAAAGAAUCGCGGGGUCCAGAGCCGUUGUCAACAUCCCAGCGUCACCCCGAUGCAACCGGCGGUACCAGUGGUCCAGCAUCUCCUACCGAACGACCUACUUUGUAUACUACGAGAAAUGGCAGAGGAAGCAGACCUGAUCUCUCCUUCCUGGGGAUUGGAUCGAGCUCGCAUACCAGCGAGGUCCCCGAGCGACGAGAGACGAAGCAAGAAAGGGAGGCAAGGAAGCUGGAAAAGGAGAGGGUAGCCAGAAUCAAGGAAAGAGAACGCAGUCUAAAGGAAGAACAUGUUGAUGGUGGGUACUUGGUCACAAUGGGUGUUUAUACUGGCACCGAAGACUUUAGCAAACCUAUUGUUAGACAAUUGAUGAUUGAACGUCGAAUAGCACCAUUUUGGAGAGGUCUGGAUGAUUUCAAGGAAGAAUGGACCGAGCAUCAACUGGUCGCCGCUGGUAGAGGUAUUCCCAUUCCAGCACCGGAUGAAGUGCCAGAUGAGCUUCUACUCAGUCCUAUUACCGAUUCCCCACACGCUUCGAACCAGAAUCUGCAAAAUUUGACGGUUCCCAUCUCAGGCAGAUCUUACUCUGUCGGUUCCGAAGCUUCCGCUACACUUUCUCCUUCCCAUCCAGCAUUUGCCAGUCCACCCACCUCUCCAGCUCCAACAACAUCUGCGCAAUCGUCCUCACCCUUCCGGCCGCGAUCGAAAACCCUAGCCUCUUUAACAAAUGCAGCGAAGAAUCCAUCCUCUUCGGAGAUUGUCCCUCGCGAGAUCCACCUUCCUAGAGACCCAUUCGUGAAUGGCCAAGCUAUUGAAGUCUUCUUGUACAAGGAUGCUGCAGAAUGUCCUAUUUGCUUCCUGUUCUACCCUCCAUAUCUUAACAGAACUAGAUGUUGCGACCAAUCGAUUUGUUCCGAAUGCUUCGUGCAGAUCAAACGACCAGACCCCCAUCCACCUGAGCACCACGACCCAUCGAACCCUGCUCCAGUGGAAACCACCGCAGAAGCAGAAGCUCUAGUUUCAGAGCCUGCUUGCUGUCCAUACUGCCAGCAGCCAGAAUUCGGUGUGACCUAUGAGCCUCCUCCAUUUAGAAGAGGCCUUGCAUAUGCGAAUUCGACCAACCUGGGCAGUUUUGCAUCUGCAAUGUCAUCCUCCUCAUCACUCAAUUCCUCUGCUGGUCCAAAUCUAGUUCCGAAUACACACAAGAGACGUACAACCUCGAUAUCUGCCAAUGCUUCAACAGUCAUUACUACUGAUCGUGUUCGGCCGGACUGGAACACGAAGUUGCAGAAUGCUAGGAAUCAUCUUGCGAGAAGGUCAGCCGCGGCUACUGCGUUACACACUGCUGCGUACUUGAUGGGAAAUGGUACUGCAGACACUCGAAGCUUUGGUUUUGGCUCUAGAAGUCGUUUUGGGAGAAAUCGUCAUGAUAGUAGCCCUGGAGCUAGUGGUGCUGCCACUCCUUCGCCCACCACAGGUGAACCAGGAGCCCCUCGAAGCGUAUCCGAGCAAAUCACUUUUAUGCGGAGAGAGGCACAAGAGAACGGUGGCGCCAGAAGACGAAGCCGGAUGGACGAUCUCGAAGAUAUGAUGAUGAUGGAAGCUAUCCGGUUGAGUCUGGCAGCCGAGGAAGAGCGAAAGAAGAAGGCUGAAAAGGAGGCUGCUAAAGAGGCUAAAAAGAAAGCCAAGGAGGAGAAAAAGCGAGAGAAGAAAGAAAAGAAGGGGGUGUAUGGAAGCGGAGCUAGCUCAGCGAGUGGGAGUGCUCUAAGUCUUCUUCCAGGUAUCGGUAGAAGGAGGGGAAACAGCGGUGCCAGUAAUCUACAACGAGAGGUUAUGCCUGAGGAUACUGAGACGCCAGGUGACAAAGGAAAGGGCGUUGACCGUGGUCAUUCAGCUCCUAUCGACUUCUCUCGUUCUGCUAGUAGUUCGAGCGGUAUUCCAGGUGCACGUCACAUCGACACAAGCACACUUGCAGCUAUCAGUGAUUCACACCAAACUUCAUCGUCACCAACGGCUCCAGACCGACCGUCUCAUCUUCGUCAUAUGAGCAAUGCUUCCUCUCCAGCCUCUUCGUUCGUAGAGUCAACACCUGGCAGUCUGCGCAAUGAGUUUCAUACUCAUGGCUCAUCGUCAACACUGGACUCACCGAACGCAUCUGGAACCAAUUUGGCAAGCCCGAAUGAAAAUGCAGAUGAUGCAAAUGGCGGAGCUGGUCCAGAAUCAAUGUUCAAUUUCCAAAGCCUUGCUGCUAUGAUUGGUGAAGAUGGUAAAGAAGACCAAGAGGACGCUGCCAAGCACAUUGAACAUCUCGGUGAUGGUGGUCAGGGAUCUCGGCAUGCGAGUCAGGAUGAGGGCACCAGUACUGGGAUGGAAGAAAGCAUUGCCACGCUGAAAGUCGACAAUGUGAACCAUUAUAUGGCGAAUGGAGACAGUGAGAUAGCCAGGCAAACGACAUUACUAGAACCGCAAAGAACAACACCAGAGGUCAUGAUCACGCCGGUGACUCCAGCUGCGACAAAUCAUGGCGACGAUGAUGCUAAGCAAUUGGGAUCAGGAUGGACUGGUGAAGUCUCUGCGGAGAUUACACAAUAA